UGUCCGUAUAAUACGAUGUGAAAAUUGGUGUUACAGUUUUUAUGUUGUGAAUAGUGUCUUCUUGCAUGCUCAAUCAAAGUUUUAGUGUAAUAUCUGUAAUGUGUUCGCAGCGUAAUAGUGAUUUGUGUGACACAUGAAAGUGAAAUACGGUUUCAGUUAAAUCAAUUUUGAUUGUUCGCAAAACGAAUGUGAUUCGCAAGACUUAGUAUCGGUGUUGUAUUUGGAUUUCGGUCAUCAUGCCGGGUCUUAUUGGUAUUGGUGAAUUUAUCGACGAAACUCGAGAAGACUACAAUUCACCAAUCACUUCUACCUUUGUGUCGCGUAUGCCACAAUGUCGCCAAACCAUCAAUGUUCUGGAAGAGACAUUGGAUUUCGACCGCGAUGGUCUGACGAAACUCAAGAAGGCGAUAAAAGCGAUACACAACUCUGGAAAUGCGCACGUGGACAACGAGAUGUACCUGUCGCGGGCGCUGGAGCGGCUCGGGGGCAACGCCCUCAGCAAGGACUCCGAGCCGGACAUAGGGGCGGCCUUCUUCAAGUUCGCCGUUGUUACCAAAGAGCUGUCAGCGCUGAUGAAGACGCUGAUGCAGAAUAUAAACAACAUCGUCAUGUUUCCCAUCGACAGCCUACUGAAAGGCGACCUGCGAGGCGUGAAGGGGGACUUGAAAAGGCCGUUCGAUAAGGCUUCCAAAGAUUACGAGUCAAAGUACCUGAAAAUUGAGAAGGAGAAGAAGUCACAAGCGAAAGAAGCUGGUCUUAUACGUAGCGAGGUGACGCCGGCAGAGAUAGCAGAUGAGAUGGAGAAGGAGAGGAGAUUGUUCCAGUUGCAGAUGUGUGAGUACCUGAUAAAGUUCAACGAGAUUAAGACUAAGAAAGGCAUAGAGCUGCUUCAACAUUUGGUGGAGUACUACCACGCGCAGACCAACUACUUCCAAGACGGGCUGAAGACGAUAGAACACUUUGGGGUGUACGUCGCUGAUCUCAGUGUCCAGCUCCAGAAAAUCAGACAGCAGCAGGACGAUGAGAAGAGGAGGCUGUUCGAGCUGAGGAACAUGCUGCGAGCGGCGACGCCACAGGAUAAGGAGGCAGCCACCUCCGUAGGUGGUUACUCCCUCCACCAGCUGCAAGGCGACAAACAACAUGGCGUCUCCCGAAGCGGCUACCUCCUGAAGAAGUCAGAGGGCAAGGUGCGAAGGGUCUGGCAGAAGAGAAGAUGCAGAGUCACGGCCGAGGGGUUCCUGGACAUCUUCCACGCUGACGAGAAUAAGACCCCGACCAGGGUUAAUCUGCUGACGUGUCAGAUCAAAGUCGCGACGGAAGAUAAGAGGGCGUUCGAUUUAGUUUCAUAUAACCGCACCUACCACUUCCAAGCGGAAGACGAGAGUGAACAGCGCGCGUGGACGUCGGUGCUCAUCAACUGCAAAGACGGGGCUCUGAUGAGGGCGUUCCACCAGCAAGCUGGGGAGAGCGAUGGCCAUUCGCUGCUGGACCUCCAGCGGUCCAUCAUACGCGCUGUGCGGGGGAUGCCCGGGAACCAGGUGUGCGCGGACUGCGGGUCCACUAAUGACCCAACAUGGCUGUCCACGAACUUCGGCGUGAUAGUCUGCAUAGAGUGCUCCGGGAGCCACCGCGAGCUGGGCGUCCACAUUUCCAGGAUCCAGUCCCUCACCCUGGACAGGCUUAGCACCUCGCAGCUGCUGCUGGCGCGCCACAUGGGCAACCAGCUGUUCAACGAGGUGAUGGAGAACACCCUGGACGAGAGGGAUAAGCUGACGCCGGAGAGUACCAUGGAGGAGCGUCUGCGAUUCAUCCGCGACAAGUACGUGUACCGCGCGUUCGCGGCGCGCACGUGUCGGGACGCCGCCGAGCGCCUGUCGGAGGUCGAGCACGCCGUCAACAACGGCCACCUGCAGAACCUGCUGCAGGCGUACGCCGAGGGCGCCGACCUGGCGUCCGCGCUGCCCAGCUCCGACUGCGGUGAGACGGCCCUCCACCUAGCGAUAUCGCGUGAGCUCGGCGACGGCUCGUUUUUGCACAUCGUCGAUUUUCUAGUCCAAAAUGGCGGCUCCCAGCUGCUCGAUAAAACCACCUUCUCCGGUAUGACGGCAGUACAUCUCUGCGCGGCCAUCGAUAGGAGCGAAGCCAUGAAGCUGCUGCUAAAAGCCGGGGCGGAUGUAUCGAUAAAAGAUAAUAACGGACGCACAGCAGUACAGAUUGCGCGGCAACUGGGACACCAUUCGUGCGUGGAAUUAUUGGAGAAUGUAGAUAAGCGAGAGAAGAGUAUAUUCGAGAACAUUAACAUAGACUGGAAUCUAUCACACGAUGACGGCUCCACAGAUUUCUCAGACGAUGAUACCGUCAUUGAAGAGAGGCAAAACGGCAGCGUCACACCCGAGAAGAAGUACUCGCGGUCGCGGCCGCCAUCUUACGCGGGCGUGUGCGGGGGCGGCGGAGGGGGUGGGGACUCGCCCGUGCUGCGGUCGCGCUCGUCCACGUGCGACUCGCUACACCACGCCCCGCCCACACCCACCACGCUGCCGAGGAAACCUAAUGUCUACAACAUUGGCAGUUUAAAAAAGCGUGCGGCGCCGCUGCCGCCGGGUGUCGCGAGCGUGACGGUGGUGGCGAGCGUGGCGGGCGCGGUGCUGUCACACCCGCCGCCGCUGCCACGCUCUACGCCCUCGCCGUCCGCCGACUCCCGGACUAUACACGCGGGCGUAGUUAAGCACCGGCCGCAGCAGCCGCCGCCGACGCCGCCACCUCACAACGGCGCGCACGAGGAGCCCACGCCGCCGCCUCGCAAGAAGAAAAAUAGAUUGCACCUGGAAAAUGCUGUUAAGGGGAAACUAAGAAGGGAGUGUUCUAGUCAGGACUCGUCGCUGGAGCUGUGUGAAGACGACGGCCGCCGCAGCGACAGUCGCUCGCUCGACGUGUCCGAUACUUCGAGUGUACAUUCUAGAUCGCCAUCCACGUCUAUAACAAUGAUGGGUAUGCGACGCUGCCGCGCUCUCUACGACUGCUCGGCGGAUAACGAAGACGAAUUAUCGUUUCGCGAAGGAGAGGUCAUAGUCGUACUCAACGAGAGGACCGAAGACGACAACUGGAUGGAGGGCCAAGUCGAAGGCACCAAUCGCAGGGGAAUGUUCCCAGUGUCAUUCGUGCAUAUGUUGCCAGAUUAAAAAACAACUACCGCGGCAGGCAUUAAACGUACCGUAAACGGUUAAGACGCAAAGGCAAUAAAUACUCAGAUAUAUUGCUUGUUAUGCACAAAGUAUUAUUACGUUAUUUAAUGUUAUUUCUUCCUAUGGUAAUGUGGUAAAAAGUUGCCAUUUUAAUGUUCCAAUUUUAGUUUCCGGUUCAAUAAAGUGCCAAGUGUGAGUUCAUGAUUGUUUGGACGUAAUUGACAGCUGUGUCUGUCAAGUGUUUUGCUCAAUAAGUACCAGAUGGCGCUUUCCGAAUGUCUCGAUUUACUGGCGAGCUUUUUUAUCUAUCCGCAUGUAUUUAAAAGGAAAAAUAAUAAUGUAUUUUAUAUCGCGAUUACAUAGAGUUAAAUGAGAAUUAAAAAUUUGGUAUCAACACUAACUUUACUCAUAAAAAUAUACACUGUCUUGUCAAGUGAAUUUUCCCGUAUUAAUCAAAGAUAAGAUCAACCUUCUUACUAAAAAAUCUCUUUAUUAGUAAGAAGGUUGAUUACAGAGUAAACGUUAAAAAUCUAGAGUGUUAGAAAUGUCGGUAAAAUUCUAUAGUCGUCUCUAUGUCAGUGGAAAUAAAUGUUAGAUGUGACUGUUAGCUCAAAAUAUGGAAUUGUGAAAGUCAAUAGUAAUGUUUUUCAUCUUACCGUAUAUACUAAAUACACU